GUAUACAAAUAAGAACCAUUUCCCACUCACGUUAUUUUUUUUUAAGCUUAAGGUUCUAGAGAGCUAGUUUUUGCCAGAUCAGUUUUGCAUUUUUCAACCUCGUCAUAAGCUUCUGCAUUUAUCUUAGUACUGCUCUUUGUUAUUGUUCGUUUGUUGACAGCUCAUGACACCAUUACCUCGGUUGUACAACAAGAAACUCAAGUUCUGGCUUCCGCUUUUUCUCGUGGUGGUAUGUGGAUUGUUCCAGCUCCAUGCAGUGCUACUCACACCCGUCAACCAGCAGCGGUUGGACCUUGAAGCCCUUCAUCUCCAAAGAGAUUCAGGGUUCAACCCCAAAUUAUCCACCUACAGCUUGUAUACCUUCAUAAACAAAGUUCAUGAUGGUGCCAAGCUUCAUUUGCACUGGGACGAUCUCGUGGACCUUCUGCCAGGUUCCCUGAUGGUGGCUCAGUUCCGUCAAAUUGAUGAUGAAAGUCGGUGUUCGGCAGAAGUGGAAGCAUUUGGAUCCGUCAAUUCCUACUGGCUCGAAAGCUACGAAACCAAAGUCCUUCGUAGCAUGGCCAACUUGUUCUGCCUUAAGGACGUACCGGAUCGGGUGUUUGUUCGGUCACCUACCGGCUACUUACUGGUGCCGGUGGAAGGCCGUCGUCGGUAUGGUAGUUUACUCAACACCCUGUUCAGCAACAACGACUUCAUGAAUGAGUAUAACUCAUUGGACGCCAACGUCAACCACUACGACUUCUACCCCCUCAAUACCCUCAAUAAGUCGGUGGAUAUCGACGUUAACCAAUUCUACUUUGACCCGGAGUAUGAGAUGAUCAAAUUAACCCAACUGCAAAACAAACACCAGUUGAGCCCUGAAGACCUGAAGUAUCUUGGGUUUCUCAAGUACGCCAACUCCAUAGUCGAUGAUAGUGAUCGGUACUUCAAGUAUCCGUGGAUUUACUCGGAUGUGGUCCAGGGAAAUUCCCAUCACUUGGCCCACCCGUUCUUCAAGCGGUUUAUUUCCAUCCGGGAAAGACAGAGCAUCAUCCAGCACAUGAUUCGUGCCUGGUUCGAGUUUGCAGAGGCCAUCGACGUACCGUCUUGGGUCAACUACGGCUCCUUACUCGGGUGGGCCUAUAACGGUGUAAACAUGCCAUGGGACACCGACGUGGAUAUCCAGUUGUCGAUCCGUCACCUCGACUAUUUGCUGCGGCACUACAACAACUCCUUGGUGCUUGAAAACCCCCAGUGGGGAAAUGCAAAGUACUUGCUUGAUAUCAGCCCCACGUACGUGCGUCAAGGUAAUGGCCGUAACUUCAUCGACGGUCGGUUCAUCGAUAUCAACUCAGGGUUAUACAUCGACAUUUCGGCCUUGAGCCACACCAACUUCAAUCCGCCUUCCACCUUGGCUGGUGAUGAUAACGACAUAUUGGUGCACUGUAAGCAUUUUAACUGGCACUCCCUUUCAGAGAUCCUUCCACUCAGGCACACAUACUUCGAAGGGUCUUCGGUGUAUAUUCCUUCGAAUAUCUCGUCGAUAUUGGACCGUAAGUACGGUAAAGAAAGCUUUACCACCAAGUUAAACUUCAUGGACUAUAACUACCAAGAUGACAUCAACCUCUGGGUACCUGACAGUGUAUGUGCCAAAAGUCCCGAGAUCAACCGGUUCCAGUCGCUGUCCCGCACCCUGUUGACGUUGCCCGGCGCCUGUGACUCCCGGAUGUUACAGGAUGAGUACAACAUUAACUAUCAGUUUGGUCACAGACACUUGUUGUUAAACGCCGACAUCGACCAUCCUGUUGACUAUAACAUUAAAGACUUGGGAGAUUUACCCAUCACCAGAAAAGAUACUUGGUCCUACUACCAUGACUUGCACAAUGGGCUUGUCCAUAACGAAAACUGGUUUCACGAAUAUAAUGACUGAGUAUUUGCAUGUAUAAUAAUAUAUACCACAUUUUUUU